AUGAUUUGGCUUCGAAGUGCUGCAGUUGCGCGUUGGCGACCCCGCCUUGACACAACCCUGCAGGAGGUGAAAGACCUGCUGGGCCGGGUAGAGGUUUUCGUUUUGGAUGAGUUGGAUGAGCUUUUGCCAAAGCGCAAAUACGUCGGAAGGAAGCUGGCUAGGUAUCAAGAUCCUGGGAUGUGGCCGGCAGAAGGGCUUGUGAAGCGUUUGAUGAGGAACAACGAGCGAGAGACGCUUCAAGUGGUGGCAGCCUCCGCCACCGCUUAUCGCUCAAGCCGGUUGAGGUUAGAGAAAGUGCUGAAACAAGACAAGCUGAAACGCUUUCCGAUCCCACUGCCGCGACUGGAUCCGCAACGCAGCUCUGCUGCCAGCUUGGAGGCGGCAGCAGCGGCACGUGGUGUCGUCGAGGAUGAUGAGGAAGAACGUCAAGCGUUGGAUGAAGAGGCCCGGGAGAAGCAAACCUAUCGUGCACUCCCAGCAGGCAUCCAGCAUUUCACUUGGAAGGUUCCUCUCAGUGGCAGCCACGCUGCAGGGCUUAGUGCUGCUUUGGAUCUUUUACGGCCGCAGGCUGCCCUCGUGUUCGUUUGCCCCAAUGCUGGGGAGACGGUGAAGAGUGUGGUACAGGAUCUCCAGACAGCAGGGUGGUCGGGUGCAGAUGCUCUUACACGCCUGCUGUUUCCCGAUUCGCGAACUGUGUCGGGGAAGGCUUCGAACCAGAGGGGCGAGGCGAAAGGUUGGAGAAGCGCCAACAGGCUUCUGGAUGUUCGGGACACUACGAGGCGAGGCUACAUCGAUGAGGGCGACUUCUAUCGUGAGGCUCCCAUCUUCGUUAGUGCCGAGGAGUCUGUUCGCGGACUGCACCUCGAUGCCGUGGAGGCGCUGAGGGACACAUUCUUGGACGAGGAUGCGGUUGGAGAGGAGAGCAUCUCCAACUUUGCAUGGGAGCAAGCCCGUCUGAAGUCACUGAAAGGGCAGGUUUUCUUGGACUACACCAAAUUCUCGGCUGCGCAGGCUGCCUCCGCCUUCAAGCGCCGCCUCUCUGGAGCGCUUCCGGAGCCUUUCCCCCACAAGGAUGCUGCUGCACCCUUUAGUGAUGGAUCGACCAGCCCGGUCAGUCCUUUCAGUCGUACUUUUUCCGACUGGACCCGAAGCUCGGACUGGCUUGGGAAGACAAUGAAGGAAUGGAAGAAAGAUGGUUUGCCGCCGAACAGCGAGCCGUACUGGAAGAAGGGCGAUGGCGCAGGGUUAGAGGUCCGCUGUGGGAGCGAUUACAAGAACAAGCGUCAGCAUAUGACUACAUCUGCUGGCCACAUGUAUCACACGCUGACGGUGGAUUCCAUUCGCUCUUCAGUGCCGCUUCACAGUAUCGUCGGCAGCGUCGUCACUUCAUUGCCACCGACUUCACCAAAGAGUGAAUGGCGUUUCGGCUGCCCGCUGCCCAGGAUUCUUUGCAUCAACGUCAUGCUGCCGCAUUACAACCCAAAGAAUCCCUGGGCCAAAGAUGAAGGUGGGUGCAGCUAUGUUGGAUUCUUCGAGAUCACUAACGAGACGGUGGCGCAGGUUAAUAGUUCUGCGCCGCCAGCAUGUGUACGGAUGUUCCGCAAAUUCUGCGAAGGACCUGCUGGAAAUCCCGGCUGUCCUCCAGACCAUCCGGACAGGAGUGCAUACCGUCGCCGCGACACCUCAAAGAAGAAGGACAUGGAUCCAGGACUGCUCCGAGCUGCAGGAUGGUGUUUGAACCAAGCCGAGCUCGGUGUCCCAGAAUUUUUGCAUCAGUUCAAUGGCAAAUCGUUUGUUAUUGCAGACAGCGGCUAUGUCAUCAAGGAUCCUCAGGGCGAAUGGUUGGAAGUCGGAUUUGAUGUUCGGAAGUUCCCUUUCCUCUUCGUGGAUGUACUGUACAACUUCCGGGACUUUAUUCCACUGGCGAAGUGUCACUAUGGCUUCACCGUCCAGGCCGUUGAAGACGAGGAUUUGCCUGAAGGCAUCAUCUGCGAUGUGUACAUCUCCGGGAUCAGCAUCACGGAAAACCCCAAGGUAAUUGACCCUCCUGAGCCAGGCUUUAUUUUGUCCUAG